AUGCAUAUGUGGCCUAUACCAGAGAAGCCGAAGACACCUGAGCCAGCUCCACCUCCGGAUCCUCCUGUACCAGAGGCUGCCGCUGCCCCUGAAGCUCUACCAGCACCCGAAGACGUGGCUGUCGCUGUUCCUGCUGAGGAGCCUAAGAAGAAAUCUGACUCAACAGGAGCAAAAAAGCCGCGAACAAGAGCGCCCGACCCGGGUGCGUUUGCCAUGUGGAUGGCGGGUGGUAACCGCCUAAAGCUUAGAUCGCGAUGGGAAGUGAACGCAGAACAUGUCAAUGGGUUUUGUAUGUUCUGCGAUAUCUUUCGCUUUUUAAGGCAGCCUGGGGCGAAUGCUAGAAGUUUGAACUUGAUCUAUCUAAGCUUCUCUGGGGGGGCAUGGCUUUUCCUCUCGCAUAGCCGAGAUUGGUUUCUCAUGCCUCAGGGUGGCAUCGCGCGCCCAAAUCCAUUUACAUUUUGUUUUUGUUUUUAG